CUGGUUGGCUGCGUCACCAUGGUCAUUCCAGACUGGUGAUGUGACUGUCCCCCUCAUUCCUGGUGUAUGUGGUGGGAGUGUGUUUUUAGUUGCUGAGUGAGUAAGAGACAGGGUUGGUUGUCAGGCUAGAGAAGAAUCGUUCUCUAGCCCUGUGUCUGACCUGUGUGUGUGUGUCGUACGUGUGUGUGUGUGUGUGUCUGACCUGUGUGUGUGUGUGUCUGACCCGUGUGUGUGUCUGACCCAUGUAUGUGUGUGUUUUGUAUAGAAGCAAUGAUCCCAUGCAUCCCCUGGCUGCCAGCAACCUUAUUUGACCUGACAGCAAGAGGUCACACACAGAACAUCCACCCCAUACAUACACUGGGAAAGAAGAGAACAGGCAGGCGAGCAGAAUGUGAUUAACACACACACACACUCUAAUCUCUCGCUCGCUUUCUCGAUCCAAGUGUGUGUGUUCUGUAAUCUCACCACAGGGUGGCGCCUCAGCACCUGGCCUGACUGAGGGAGUGAAUGAGCUCUUACUAUAUUUACUGAGAGGCUCUCUGCGGUCUCUCUUUUCAUUCUCUCGCUCCCAGAGUCCAUUCUGCUAUCGGGUGUGUGUGAUCAAACGUAUUCUCCCUCCUCUCUUUCUCUCUUCGUUCCGUAUCUCUCAGUUUGCUCUGUUUACUCAGAGCGGCUGUCGUCGAGUGUGUGUGUGCGCGCCAGUAUGCCAUGUCGUCUCUGAGUUCGUCGUUUGUCCAGAUAAAACAUGAGGACCUGCGGUUCUAUGAGAACUGUGGAGGGGGCAGCUUUGGGAGUGUCUACCGAGCACACUGGAUAUCUCAGGAUAAAGAGGUCGCUGUGAAGAAACUACUCAAGAUCGAGACUGAGGCUGAGAUUCUGAGUAGCCUCAGUCAUAAGAACAUUAUUCAAUUCUAUGGCGCCGUACUGGAGUCCCCCAACUAUGGCAUCGUCACAGAGUAUGCGGGCGGAGGUUCUCUGUAUGAGUACCUCUCCAGUGAACAGAGUGAGGAGAUGGACAUGGAACAAAUCAUGACCUGGGCCAUGGAGAUAGCCAAAGGAAUGCACUAUCUCCACUCGGAAGCCCCGGUCAAAGUCAUUCACAGAGACCUCAAGUCACGAAACGUGGUGUUGACAGCAGACAAAGUCCUCAAGAUCUGUGAUUUUGGAGCGUCUAAGUUCCAGUCCCACACCACCCACAUGACAGUGGUGGGCACCUUCCCCUGGAUGGCCCCAGAGGUCAUACAGAGCCUACCUGUAUCAGAGACCUGUGAUACCUACUCCUACGGCGUGGUGCUAUGGGAGAUGCUGACACGGGAGGUUCCAUUUAAAGGCUUCGAGGGGCUGCAGGUGGCUUGGCUGGUGGUGGAGAAACAAGAGAGGCUGACCAUCCCCACCAGUUGUCCGCCUAGCUUCGCUGACCUGAUGAAGAAGUGCUGGCAGGCCGAACCAAAGGAGCGUCCAGUGUUUAAGCAGGUGUUGGGGACUCUGGAGACAAUGUCUAAAGACAGCAGACUACCAGAACAGUGUAACUCCUUCCUACACAACAAGGACCAGUGGAGGUGUGAGAUCGAUGCCACGUUGGAGAGGUUGCGGAGGCUGGAGAGAGACCUGAGUAGCAAAGAGAAGGAGCUGGAGGAGAGAGAGCUGAGACUGAGACUGUGGGAGGAGAGACUGAUGGAGCGGUCCAACGUCACCCCUUUCUUCUCCCCCAUAGCAUCAGGCCUCAGCUCAGAGUCGUUCUUCCGUUCCCAAUCUCAGGAGUCCAACAGCGCCAAGAUAUCCUGCCUUAUCAGAACCCUCAGCAACGGAGAGAGGGAGAAGGGUAUGGAGGGAGGGAUAGACAGGGGGCUCCAGUCCAUGAUUAGGGGCUUCUCAAGCAGUCUCGGGGAGGCGGAUGGGGAUGGAGGGAUAGAGGUAACCUGGGGGGAGAGAGAGGAGAGGGUGGUGGAGGGAGGGAGUAUGGAGGGAGGGAGGAUGCAGUCCAUGUUUAGGGAGCUGAGUGGGGGGAGUAUGGUUGGGUUUGGGGAUAUGCUCUCUCUGGAUGAUAUUGGGGGGAUAGAGAGGAUAGGGGACAUGGAUAUGGAUAUGAAUAUGAACAUGGGGGAGAUAAGUGACCUUGGGGGGGUCAGGGGUGACAUGGCUAAUGUUGGGGUCAUAAGUCAUAAGGUCAGGAGUGAGUUAGGGGUCAGAGGUCAGGGGGUGAGGUCGGGGGUACAGGUGAGCAUGCGGACCACAUCCAAUCAGAACUCUUCUAAGACCUGUAGCGUACGACAUGGAACCAAAAUCAAUAUGGCCGCCGCGACGCUGGACAUGAACAUGAUGGACUUGGGUUGGUCUGACGACGACAGUGACUAGGAGAACACACAAACACCAUUUUAUUUUUUAAAUUGAAGCCAUAUGUAUACACGCCUCUGUGUGUGAGGACUGUGGGGCAUAAUAGUGAAGAAUUAUGAGCAGUGUGGAUUUCCUCCUGCUAACUGUCAUGUUGUUCUGUGCCCGGUUUCUCAAAAGCAUCGUAAUAAGCUCAUCGUGAGAACUAUAGGAUCCUAUGCUUGUAAUGAUGAACUUAGCCUGAAGCUGCUUUUGGGAAAUCGUGCCCAUUGAAGCUUUUAAAGUGACAUUUAAAUGAUGUGCCAUAUUAACAAGUGUUACAUAGACCAGAGCACUUGAACACCACUCAUUAGUAGAGGCUAGGCCUAGGUAAAGGGUACCAUCCAAUGUUUUCUGCUUUUCGACUUGUACACUUGUUAGACGAUACAGUUGAUUUGUUCAAAAUACUAAGUUUUGAAUUAAUGGGUUCUUACUGUGAUCAAAUGUGUGAAACUAUUUUGCAGCUUGUACUGUAUUGUUUUUCAAUAAAUUCAGAAAAAUACA